GGUCACAUCCGGUCCAGGUUGCCCCGCCCUCAGCAACGCACGUGUAGCAGCAGCAGGAGCAGCAGCACCCGGGAGGUGAACCAGACUGGUGAAGUAUGGACGCUGCGUCUCUGUUCGCGCGCCUACGCGGGGGAACGCGCUUCGACUUCAAGAGAUUCCGCGCCGAGGCGGAGAGAUUCCAGAUGGUGAAGCCAAACAGCGAUGUCCAGAAGUCUCCCGUCGAGGCAGCGAGUGCACUCGACUUCUUCGGAUCGAAACCCAAGCAGGCGAACCGCGACGCCUCGGUGAAGAAACCCCCCGCCGGCCGGGGUAGCGGAACCACGGCACCAGCGGUGCCAGGCUCGGCACAAAAACGGAAACGCGGUGAAGGCUUGGGGCCGUCGAACGGGAAGAAGGGAAAGCAGAGUGGGAGGAGUGGGAGGGAAGUUGAGGACACGGCCGGCGGCAAUGCGGAUGAAUGCGCAGACAUUGACACAGACCAUGAGGAGGAGGACGUAGAGGAGGUGGUGGAAGAGGAUGAUGAAGAGGAGGAGCAAGCAGUGGAGACACCGGCAGAUGCGGCCAUCUGCACGGAGAAGGAAGAGCCCGAGGAGGAGCUGGGGAUUCAGCUCAUGUCGUCGCUUGGAAAGCUCCCGCUAAAGCACAAAGUGAAGAAGAAGAAGAAGCCCUCGGCUGAGAAGGCGGAGAGAAUUCGGCGCGACCAGGUCAACGCCCUGCGCAACUCGUUCAAGGUGCACGUGUCCGGCACAGACGUGCCGCCCCCGCUCGCCUCGUUCGAGCAGCUGCGCUCCGAGUACGAGAUCCACCCGCGCAUCCUGAGCAACGUGCUAGAGGCCGGGUACCUGCAGCCCACGCCGGUGCAGAGGCAGGCCAUCCCGCUCAUGAUGCAGCGGCGGGAGAUCCUGGCAUGCGCACCCACGGGCUCGGGGAAGACGGCCGCGUUCUGCAUCCCCAUACUUCACCACCUGCAGCAGCCGCGCAACUGCGGCUUCCGUGCCGUCAUCGUGGCCCCGACGCGCGAGCUCGUGGCCCAGACGCACCGCGAGCUGAGCAGGAUCGCCGACGGUCUGGGCUUCCGCAUCCACAUGAUCACCAAGACUUCCGUCGCCGUCAAGAAGUUUGGCCCCAAAUCCGCCAAGAAGUUUGACAUACUGGUGACGACCCCUAACCGGCUGGUGUUCCUUAUCAAGCAAGAGCCUCCGAUCAUCGACCUGAGCAGCGUGGAGUGGCUCAUCGUGGACGAGUCGGACAAGCUGUUCGAGGCCGGAUCCAGCGGAUCCAGCGGCUUCCGCGAGCAGCUCGCCGCCAUCUUCCAGGCGUGCACGUCGCCCGCCGCGCGCCACGCCAUGUUCAGCGCCACGUUCGCCCAGGACGUCGAGCAGUGGAGCCGCCUCAACCUCGACAACCUGGUGUCCGUCGGCGUGGGGACUCGCAACACCCCCGUGGAGACGGUGGAGCAGGAGCUGCUCUUCGUAGGAGCCGAGUCGGGGAAGCUGCUCGCCAUCCGUAACAUCGUCAAGAAGGGCCUCACGCCACCCGUGCUGGUGUUCGUGCAGUCGAUCCAGCGAGCCAGGGAGCUCUUCAACGAGCUUGUCUACGAAGGCAUCAACGUGGACGUUAUCCACGCAGACCGCACCAAGCUGCAGCGCGACAACAUCGUGCGGAGCUUCCGUGCCGGGAAGAUCUGGGUGCUGAUCUGCACGGAGCUGAUGGCCCGGGGCAUGGACUUCAAGGGCAUCAACCUCGUGAUCAACUACGACUUCCCGACCAGCGCCAUCGAGUACAUCCACCGCAUAGGGCGCACCGGGCGUGCGGGGAAGCGAGGCAAAGCCAUCACCUUCUUCACCGAAGACGACCGCCCGCUGAUCAGGAGUACGGCGGCGGUCAUCAAAAAGGCCGGGUGCCCCAUUCCGGACUACAUGAUGGGACUCGAGCGAAUGCCCACGAAGACUAAGAGGAGCCUCGUGAAGAACCCCCCCAAGAGGGAAACCAUCCGCACGAUGCCCGAGCUCUUCUUGCCCAACGCUGCGAGGCACAAAAAAACGAUUGCUUUUCAAAAGCGGGGCGGAAAGAGCAAAGUGAAGACCAGCAGUUGACCCCAGAGGACGUUUCGAAGGGACGCGCGCUCCCGCGUUGACGUUAUAUACUGCCCAGCACCCCUGAAGCACCAUCAUCCAUGAGCACAUCGCCUGGAAUGUGGCCGCUCUCAUCGUCACAUCUCGGAAGCCAAGCAGGAGUUGAGCCCGGCUAGAGCUUGGAUGGGUGAUGAGGACUUCGUGCAAACAGUUUUGUCAUCAGGGGUAGCUGCAGGGCUACGUGUGGGCAAGCACAGCAAAAAUUAAUUGUUGUGCUUUACUAUUCUUCAAUGUCUAUGUUCUCCUCCCCCCUCAUUCAAACAUCACCGAACAGUAUGGGGAAAUGUAUUUCAUUAACCACCACGAACUACACUCAUCAUCCAGCAGUGGAUCGACAAAAGGAUGGCACAUGAAAUCACGGGUGUUCGUUCCAUGGUUUGAUAUUGGCCACUUAGACGCAAGAGACAAAGAGCUCGCUGUAGCUACGAAGCACCGAUUUAAUCCGUGACAAUCGACCCUUGUGUGCUCGCGAUACACGAAUGGGGUCGUGCAUGUGAGAAUCGAUACAUUUACGAUUCGUAUCCUUUUCGUCAUUGCUAAUCCAUCGGUAAGAAGUUGUGGUUUUUUGAGUUGCAUUUUUUUAUUGAAUGCAUUCCCCCCCCCCCCCCCCACCAUCACCCCACCACCACGUUGCAAGGUUAGGGUGACCUCCCAACGCCUCCAGGCUCCGUUUCACCGUGGUGGGUGCAGCGGCCAGUCUCUCCACCUCUUCACGGCUCAAUUAACCCUUUUACCGUUCAGAGACGUCUGCCAGUUCCUGUUCACCCGCUGAAUCUCGGAACGCGCAAGCAGUUUGUGUCACGUUUAUUUAGAGGGGCAUAGCGCUGUUGUUAUCGAAGACAUUGUACUCACCGCAGAGAACUGCAGCUACACAACCACGCAAUAAUCGCUGGUGCCAAACUGUUCCACACGUCUUCCCGUAACGCCUUGCGGGAGCCACUGGAAAGGUGAUGUUGUUCACCUUGUGACGUGCAGGGGAAAGGUGACAUUCUGGGGUCCCCUAUUCAAAAAAAGCGAUUUUUUUUAGAUGAAUGUAUUUUUAUUAAUCGUUAUGGCCCAAGUUGUGUUUGUAUGUUUACGGAUGCGCGAGAAAAUAAACGUGGAAGUUGUA